AUGACCGGCUUCAAUGGUCCAAGGGGCGACGAGCUCUCUCACUUCCUCGCCAACGGCAAUGCCAUCGCCUCUCCCUCCGAUGCCGCUUCUCAGCCAGAAUUUGACUUUGCCGCAUCGCUAGAGCAAUUCACAAACGCUCAGUUCACCGAAUUUGAUCCCACUGCAUGGAUCGCGAACGAGGAUCAGCCUGGAUAUGGAAGAGGGCAGGGAGAACCCUCGAAGCGUCAGAAGGUGGAUGGUGCUAGGAAGAACAAAGGACUCGACUUUGGCAACGGAUUCCCAUUCCCAGAAAAUCCUUUCGAUGUCAAUGCGGCACCAGCUGAUGUCCCACCUCAAACCUUCAUACCAACUUCAGCUGGUCUGAACAACUUAGGCACAGCCUAUCAGGCCGUCAACUUCCCUCCUGAUAACGCUAGUAGCCCAGUCAGUCCCCAGCAGUCCCCCUUCCCAACGGCCGACACCCUCGCUACGGGCGCCGUUCAAGAAGACAAUCCGGUCGCCCGCGCGGUAGCCGAGGAAGACAAACGUCGUCGCAAUACCGCUGCCUCCGCGCGCUUUCGCGUGAAGAAGAAGGAAAGGGAGAAAGCAGUCGAGAAAGAAGCAACGGAUUUGAAAAAGAAGAAUCAGGAGUUGACUUCGAAAGUGGAGCAGCUUGAGAGGGAGAAUGAGUGGUUAAGGAGUUUCGUUGUGGUGAGGGACGGGAGGAAAGUUAAGGCGGAGAAGGAUGACGAGAGGAGUAGCAAGGAGGCUAAGAAGGGUGUGGGGACAGAGGGUAAAUCUAAUGCGGAGGAGAAAGAGUGA